UUAGUUGCAUGUUUCCAGUCGGAGUUCAAAAUGUGGUUCCUUCCUAAGUAGACGUGUUUUGUUUUCAAGAUGGCUGACAUUAAAGCAGAGAUUCCCUCAGAUACUUCAAAUGUCAGUAAUAACACCAGCAAUGCGACGUCUCAGCAAAACAACCCUUUAUCCAGGAAACUCAAUAAAAUAUUGGAUACGCGACUGGACAAUGAUAAGGAAAUGUUGGAAGCUCUCAAAGCCCUCUCUGUCUUCUUUACUGAAAACAGUUUACGAACAAGAAGAAACUUACGAGGAGACAUAGAGAGGCGGAGUUUAUCCAUUAAUGAAGAAUUUGUUCGAAUAUUUAAAGAUGUCAAAGAGGAGCUUGAGAGUGUGCACGAAGAUGUCCAGGCCAUGAGCAACUGCUGUGAGGAUAUGACAAACCGUCUAAAGGCUGCAAAAGAACAAACUCAAGAUCUCAUGGUGAAAACCACCAAGCUUCAGGGUGAAAACCACCAGCUGGAAAUCAGAGCACAAGUUGCCAAUGCUUUCCUGGCCAAGUUCCAGUUGACUCCGGAGGAAAUGAACACUCUGCGGGGAGCCAGAGAUGGACCAAUCACUGAGGACUUUUUCAAAGCGCUGGGACGAGUGAAGCAGAUCCACAGCGAUGUCAAAAUCCUGCUGCGAACCAACCAGCAGACAGCAGGCCUUGAAAUUAUGGAACAGAUGGCACUUCUCCAGGAGACCUCUUAUGAACAGCUUUAUCGAUGGGCACAAAAUGAAUGCCGAGCACUGACCCAAGAGUCAUGUGAUAUCGCUCCAGUGCUGACCCAGGCCUUGGAGGCACUACAGGACAGGCCGGUCUUGUACAAGUACACCUUGGAUGAGUUUGGCACUGCCAGGCGGUGCGCUGUGGUCCGUGGGUUUAUUGAUGCCCUGACCAGAGGAGGUCCUGGGGGAACACCCCGUCCCAUUGAGAUGCACUCACAUGACCCAAUGAGGUAUGUUGGUGAUAUGCUGGCUUGGUUACAUCAAGCGACUGCCUCAGAAAAGGAACACCUAGAAGCUCUAUUGAAGCAGGUUACUAUGCAAGGUGUGGAGGAAAAUAUGCAGGAGGUGGUUGGGCACAUCACAGAAGGAGUGUGCAGGCCUCUCAGGGUCCGAAUUGAGCAGGUGAUAGUGGCUGAACCAGGUGCUGUCUUGCUAUACAAAUUGUCCAAUCUGCUCAAGUUUUACCACCACACUAUCAGUGGGAUUGUAGGCACCAGUGCAGCGACUCUUCUAACAACUAUUGAAGAAAUGCACAUCCUGAGCAAGAAGAUGUUCUUCAAUAGCCUGGGCCUUCAUGCUAGCAAAUUAAUGGACAAGAUUGAACUCCCACCCCCAGACCUGGGACCAACAUCAUCUUUAAACCAAACCCUCUCUUUACUACGUGAGGUGCUGGCAUCCCAUGAUUCUUCAGUAGUGCCACUGGAUGCAAGACAGGCUGACUUUGCACAGGUCCUGUCCUGUAUCCUUGACCCACUGUUACAGCUUUGCACUGUUUCUGCCAGCAACCUGGGUACAGUGGAUAUGGCCACCUAUAUGGUAAACUCCCUCUACAUGAUGAAGACCACACUUGCUCUCUUUGAGUUUACAGACAAAAGGCUGGAAAUGCUGGAGUUCCAGAUUGAAGCCCAUCUAGACACUUUAAUAAAUGACCAAGCUUCCUAUGUGCUGACAAGGUCAGGCCUGAGCUAUAUAUACAGCUGUGUGCAGCAGCACAAACCAGAACAGGGGCCUUUAGCAAACAUUCCCAGCAUGGAUGGCUCCUCUCUAAAGGCUGCUAUGGUUCAGUUCGAUCGUUACCUGUCCUCUCCAGAUUCUUUGUUGAUGGCACAGUUGAAUUUCCUCCUAAGUGCGACACUUAAAGAGCAGAUAUUUAAGAAGUCCACAGAGCUGGUUUGUAGAGCCUACACUGAAAUCUACACUGCUGUGAUGAACCCAGUCAACCAGUACAAGGAACCGGGAGCCAUACUUCACAGGUCUUCUCAGCAGGUGCACUCUCUGCUUUCUUAGACCACACCGCCUGGACUGGGGAUGUACUUUUAGAUGAAAAUAUAUGUAAAUGAUGUGCUUUACAUACUUGUUCCUCAAAAACAUCUGUAUCCUCCUUUUAUGAAAAAACAAGAGAGUCAAUUAUUAAAUUACGUUUUGGUUAUGGGCUUCAUUUUUCAAAGUUGUUUGGGGGCAAAUCAUUUUUUAACUCAAUGAUAUCUCUUUACUUUAUAUUUGCAUACAGUUUGGUAUUACUAACGUCACAAUAAAUAAAAUUAGUGAAGUAAAUUCCACAAAAAUAAAUAAAUAAAAUAUUUUCUGAAACACAUUGGCUACUUUUCUCCAGUUUUCUAAGCAAUAUUAUUAUAUUUUCUUUUCUUUUUAUUAUUUUCUUUUAUAUGAUAAUUAAAUUACAUUGGUCAUAGAGAUAGUUGGUAAAAGGCCCAGUUAGAGUCUUUGUGUGUGUUUUGCUCAGACAAUGAAGCUUUCAUUUUUGGCUGGAUCAACAGUCACGCCAGUAUCUAAUAUCAGAAAAAAUGCCUGCCAGCCUUGAAUCACCAGCUAUAUUUAAGGGGCAAUAAAAAUAAAAAAAAGAUAUUCAGCACUGUUCAGUGCUAUUUAUAGAACCCUCACAUAGACCUAAAUGCCCUCUUUGCCAGUGAUAAUUUGGGUUGCUGUUCAAUUUAAUACACUACUCUCUCUUCAAAGCAACCUCCUUUCAUCUUGUUCUUAUCUUAACAAUCUUGCCUUAAAGUUGAGAGAUUAUAUUUCAAAUUACUAAAUUGAGUUGACUUGAAUGCUAGAACAUCUGUGGUUGUCUCAUUCAUGUAAAAAUGUUGUUUUUUUUUUACAUUUCAGAAGAUUUUAGAUUUAUUUUUGCAAGAAAUGCAUGGUCUGUUAGACCUCCCAUAUUGCCCACAUUUUGGGGAAAAAAAAAAAAAAAAAAAAUCUGUAACACUUUCAAAUAAUGGCCGCAAGUUCAUAAUGAAUUCCGGCUUAAUACCACAGUAAUAACACCUGAAAAUCUUAUGCACUUCCUCGGAGUUCUGGAGUAAUUGGUUUUGAAUUCAGCCCUGUUAAUUCAUGUGGAUUCAAUUACCCGUAUUCACUCCAUGUUCCUUUGUAACAAUGUUGAUCACAUGUAUAAGGCAUGCAUUCAUACCCUCUUAUUACUCGCCCACCAGGGGAUUGUGAGCAUUCAUCCAUGCAUGAAUGCAUGCCUUCUGCAGUACAGCUUCUUUUAUUGAUUUAUUAUAAUCUGUGUGUUAUUAUGUUGUCUUUAAUUGCUGUUUGGAAAUUAUACAUAAUUUGGGUUUAUGCAUACUGUACUUGUAUUGCACAUGCUGUUAAUAAAAGGAGUAACUUAUUAAAGCAUUGUCAAAUAGUA